GUUGUCCGUCUGAGCCGCCGUAGAGGCGAUAACUAUGACAAGCAGCUGUUUCUGCAUGUUAGCGCUCACGUGGAAGCUUUCACAGCGCAGUCAGCUUUUAUAGAAACUAUCUCCAACUCUUUAUAUGCAAUGGAGUCUGUCAUUAAGAUAAAUCCAGGGGCGWCAAAAUGGGACAUUCGUCAGAAAGUGUGGGACUACAUCGAAGAGAAGAACCUAGCCAACUUCCCGAGGCCUGUUCAUCACAGAAUCCCAAACUUUAAGGGUGCUUUCGGAGCCUGCUCCAAAGUGACGGAGCUGCAGGUGUUCAGCGAGUCAGCUGAGGUGAAGGUGGAUCCUGAUAAACCUCUGGAAGGAGCUCGACUGGCAGUGCUGCAGGCACAGAAAACCUUACUGGUUCCAACUCCUCGUCUUCGCACCGGCCUUUUCAAUAAGAUCACUCCUCCCCAGGGGGCAAACAAGGAACAGCUGCGCAUCUGCUCUUCCUCUCAGGGWGUGAAGGACUUCAGCGCGCCUGUUGACUUGGAUGCGAAGGUGAAGGUGGACCUGGUGGUGGUCGGCUCUGUGGCCGUGUCCGAGAAAGGGUGUCGGAUUGGAAAAGGGGAGGGCUUCGCUGACCUGGAGUGGGCGAUGAUGGCCUCAAUGGGAGCUGUGAAUGAAUCCACCGUGGUCGUCACUGUUGUCCACGACUGCCAGGUGGUAGACAUCCCAGAUGAGCUGAUGGGGAGUCAUGACCUGACUGUUGACUACAUCCUCACACCCAGCAGAGUUAUUAAAACYAACUGCCAGUUGCCUAAACCACACGGGAUCAUCUGGAAUAAGCUGGACACAGAAAAGUUGAAAAAGAUUCCCAUCCUGAAGAAGCUGCGCGCUCUGGAGGAACAGGCUGGGAAGGAUGUGACACUGGGGGCAACGCCGCCUGCAGCAGAGCCCGCUCUGCAAGACGAUCAACCAAAACGGCAACCCAGACGGAGGCCAAGACGGAACACGCAGCAGGAUACAGAGGGAGAGAGCAGCCAGGAGUCCAAACAGAAGACAGAGACAGGACAGAGAGCCAGACAGCAACCAGCGAGGAAAGAAGGCAGAGGAAGUGGCAGACGGGCGGCGAAGGAGCCCGGAUCAGAAGAAGGUGGGGGUGAAGAGGCGGCCCGGAGGAAGCUCCCGCAGACGGUGACCACAGUUUACCUGGGAGGAAUCCCCACUGGGCUGCGGGUCAGUGAGCUGAAAGUGGCCCUCAGAGAGAGGAAAGCCGCUCCGCUCAGGCUCACCUGGCAGGGAGCUCAGCACAGGGCCUUCCUGGAUUACACCGACCCACAGGUGGCCGAUCAGGCCCUGGAGGCUCUGCAGGGGCUUUGUCUGAACGGUCAGAGUCUGCAGGCUGAGCUGGCCAAGAGCCAGCGAGGACAAAGGAGGUCAGGACAGAGACAAAGACYGUCCACAGGUCAGAAGCCAAAAAUGCCACAGAGUGACAUCACCAAGGAGACAGAACAUUAAAAGCAACAGGAAGUAAACGAGUCAAAAAUAUUAUUUUUUUUAGUUUGUCACAACUAAAAUCUUUACAAGUAUUAAACUUGCAUGUGUUUUAUUUCAUUUUAAUAUAAAAAAAGAUUUUUGUGACAUGAACAUAAUGGUUUUUGAAGUAUUAAGUAAAAACAAAACAAAAUGUAAAGAAAUAGAAAGAAAUUAAUGCUUUUCUGGAGAAACCUUUGUUUAAUACUUGACAGUGUGGCAAUACAGUCAGAUAUGUGCCUUUUUUUUGUUUACACCCGAUAUAAGUGUCUCAACGGACUUUUUUUCCUGCUAUUGGUAUUUAUUUGUUUACUUAGACAUUUGAUGUGUACUAUAAAUAUUUCUCAACUUUUUUGAUCUUAGUCGUAGUACAAUGAAUUUUUUUUCUAACCUUGUCUCCUUAUCAGCCAUCUUUUACAGAACAUUGGGUUUUUCCAACUGGUAUCUUUAUUUUUUUGAAAGUAAAUUUUUUAUAAAUGGCCCCACCAUCUGGACAUUUCUGUAAUGAUGAUAAGAGAGGAAAACCUCUAAAUUGUUUUGAGCGUCCAGUGUGUCUAUAAACUUAAUUUUUGUUUAUUUUUCAGUUCUUUUUUUGACACGUUUUUGUUCUCCUCCUGCACAUUUUCAUAAAAUUCUGUAAAAAUACAAAUUUAAAACUCAGUAUUGCUUUGUCAGGAUGAGAACUAAUGUGCUGUUACAUGAAAUCAAAUUGUGUUCAUAUAUUUGAAGCAAAAUGAAGAAAAUUAAAAAAUCUACUAUUGAAUUUCUUUGGUUGUUUUAUAGAAAUUAAGUAUAGACAAAAAUUUCCGAAAAAUAUUUCAAUGUACAUAAAGCUACAAACAAUCCCUCUAAUAUCCAAGACUUACUUUUUGAAUUUAAUAUUACGCUUUAUUACUAUUUUACUAUGAGGAAAAUUGAAAUCAGUUUAUUGUGGCCUAGAUCUUUUUAUAUGUUUAUUUUUCUUCAUUGUUUCAGAAAAUGAAUAAAUAUCAGUUUAUUUAAUCUGUGAUGUUUGUACUUUUAUUGACUGUAACCUGUUUGAUUAUUAGUGUGAUAAAAAAAAUCAUCUG